GCCAAGAGGCUGGAGCCGGGCCUCCGCGGGGAGAGGCGGGCGAGGGCCGGCUUCCUGGGCCGGCGGCCGGGCGACGGGCGGUGGGCGGGGGCGGUGGUCCGCGCUGUGGCCAUGUCGGUGUCCACAGGGUGUCGUGGCCCCGCGAACCUGCGCUCUCAGUCCCGGCCCGGCCCGAUCCCGGUGCCCUCCCGGGGGUCCGGCAGAGGGCAGUGACCGGCGAUCUGUGCGUCCGGGGGCCCCGGAGAAACCGGAGGCCCGAGGGGAUGGCCGCUGACAUGCAGAGGAAGAGAAGCAGCGAGUGCCCCCACGGCACCUUGGCUCCUGCCGAUGGGCAGAGUGUGGAGAGAGCCGAGAGCCCCACCCCGGGGCUGGCCCAGGGAAUGGAGCCAGGUGCCGGGCAGGAGGGUGCCAUGUUCGUCCACGCCCGUUCCUACGAGGACCUGACUGAGCCGGAGAAUGGGGCGGCUCCUGGGGAGAGCCCCGAGGAGGGUGCCGGGGGGCCACCCCCGCUGCCUGCGGACAUGCGCCAGAUCAGCCAGGACUUCAGUGAGCUGAGCACCCAGCUGACAGGCGUGGCCCGGGACCUGCAGGAGGAGAUGCUGCCAGGAAGCUCCGAGGACUGGGCGGAACCCCCGGGGGCCUCCGCGAGACCGGCCACAGAGUCCCCCAGGGAGGGCGCGGGAGACGGGGACGAGGAGGAGGCCGCGGAGGCCUGGCGGCUGCACCAGAAGCAUGUGUUCGUGCUGAGCGAGGCGGGGAAGCCCGUGUACUCCCGCUACGGGUCCGAGGAAGCCCUGUCCAGCACCAUGGGGGUCAUGGUGGCCCUGGUGUCCUUCCUGGAGGCCGACAAGAACGCCAUUCGCUCCAUCCACGCGGAUGGCUACAAGGUUGUGUUCGUGCGCCGGAGCCCCCUGGUGCUGGUGGCGGUGGCGCGCACGCGGCAGUCGGCGCAGGAGCUGACGCAGGAGCUGCUCUACAUCUACUACCAGAUCCUCAGCCUCCUCACGGGCGCGCAGCUGAGCCACAUCUUCCAGCAGAAGCAGAACUACGACCUGCGGCGCCUGCUCUCGGGCUCGGAGCGCAUCACCGACAACCUGCUGCAGCUCAUGGCGCGGGACCCCAGCUUCCUGAUGGGCGCGGCGCGCUGCCUGCCCCUGGCGGCGGCCGUGCGGGACGCGGUGAGCGCCAGCCUGCAGCAGGCCCGCGCGCGCAGCCUCGUCUUCUCCAUCCUGCUCGCCCGCAACCAGCUCGUGGCGCUCGUGCGGCGCCGGGACCAGUUCCUGCACCCCAUCGACCUGCACCUGCUCUUCAACCUCAUCAGCUCCUCCUCGUCCUUCCGCGAGGGCGAGGCCUGGACGCCCGUGUGCCUGCCCAAGUUCAACGCGGCCGGCUUCUUCCACGCGCACAUCUCCUACCUGGAGCCCGACGCCGACCUGUGCCUGCUGCUCGUGUCCACGGACCGCGAGGACUUCUUCGCCGUGUCCGACUGCCGCCGCCGCUUCCAGGAGCGCUUGCGGCGGCGCGGGGCCCACGUGGCGCUGCGGGAGGCGCUGCGCACGCCCUACUACAGCGUCGCCCAGGUGGGCAUCCCCGACCUGCGCCACUUCCUCUACAAGUCCAAGAGCUCCGGACUCUUCACCAGCCCUGAAAUGGAGGCCCCGUACAGCAGUGAGGAGGAGCAGGAGCGGCUGCUGGGCCUCUACCAGUACCUGCACAGCCGAGCCCACAACGCGUCCCGCCCCCUCAAGACCAUCUACUACACAGGCCCCAACGAGAACCUCCUGGCCAGGGUGACAGGUGCCUUUGAGCUCUACAUGUGCUACAGCCCCCUGGGCACCAAGGCGUCCGCCGUGGACGCCAUCCAUAAGCUGAUGCGCUGGAUCCGCAAGGAAGAAGACCGCCUCUUUAUCCUGACGCCCCUCACCUACUGAUGAGGAUCCUGAGCCCGCUGGGCCGUGGGAGCACGGGAGCCAUGGGAACUCCAGGCGGGGCUGGCCCCCUCUUGCCCAGGCAGCAGGCAGGGACUGUGGGUGCGUGCAUUAAAGUGCUUUGGGGAAGACA